AUGGGUCGCCGUGGCUCAGGUGGUGGAAGAUCUGCUCCUCGUCCUCGUCCUGCUGCUGCACGCAGCCCUGCGCCUCAACCUGUUCACCGUGCACCUCCUCCAGCUCCAGCGCAGGCGAGCAGCGGUGGUGGCAUGUUCUCAGGCAUUGGUUCAACCAUAGCUCAGGGUAUGGCUUUUGGUACUGGAAGUGCAGUUGCACAUAGAGCUGUUGAUUCUGUGAUGGGUCCACGAACCAUUCAACAUGAAGCUGUUGAAGCUGCCGCUGCAUCACCUGUUUCAAGCAACACCUUUUCGAAUUCAUGCGACAUUCAUGCUAAGGCUUUCCAAGAUUGCAUCGGCAGCUAUGGAAGCGAGAUCAGCAAGUGUCAGUUCUACAUGGACAUGCUGUCUGAGUGCAGGAGGAACUCUGGUUCCACUCUUGGUGCUUAA